UAGCGCGAUUUUAUUUUUUUCUACUGGUGCGCUCGAAGCUAUGGUCAUUGUUAAUUAAUUUUCUCUCGAGAGAGGUUUAUUUAUUUCCUAUUUCAGAUCGAGAGACUGUCAGCUUAUUUUAUGCAGCAUGUGCCGCGAAGAGACGAAGAAAGGGAAAGUGUUGCCCUCUUAUUCUAUGAAUGACAUUAGCAAACAUGCUUCUCGCGAGGACCGGUGGAUUGUGAUCGACGACUUCGUUUACGAUGUAACUUCGUGGGGGAAAAAGCACCCGGGUGGUGAAAAACUCAUCAACAACCAUGCAGGCGAGGAUGCCACGGAUGCUUGGGUUGCAUUCCACAAUGACAGAAAAGCAGUGAGCAAGUACCUGCGACCACUGCUGGUUGGGAAAGUCAGAGAAGAGGAAAGAAAAGUGAGUGAACUGAUCCGGGACUUCCGGGACUUGCGUCAGAAGGUGGAGGACAUGGGUCUGUUCAAGGCCAGCGUUGCCUUCUUCACAUGGACAGUGGGUCAGGUGAUAGCCCUGGAGGCCCUAGCCUGGCUCAUCUUCUGGCAGUUCGGGACGUCCUGGGUACCAUAUCUUGUAGCCACCUUGCUCCUGACGACUGCGCAGGCACAAGCAGGGUGGUCUCAGCACGAUUUUGGCCAUUUAUCUGUUUUCAAGUCGUCCAAGUGGAACCACAUCCUUCAUGUAUUUAUCAUCAAUUUUCUUAAAGGAGCCUCGGCUGACUGGUGGAAUUACCGCCACUUCCAGCACCAUGCCAAGCCGAAUGUGGUGCGGAAAGAUCCGGACAUACGACUGGAUUAUAUUCUCUUGGUUGGAGAUAAACUACCAGUAGAGUGGGGCAAGAAGAAGAAGGGAGCCAUGCCUUAUCAGCAUCAGCAUCAAUACUUCUUCUUCAUCAUGCCGCCCCUGUUGCUGCCCCUGUACUUCAACUUUGAGAUUGUCUAUUUCCUCAUCUCUAGAGCCAAGUGGAUGGAGCUGUUCUGGAUGGGAACGUUCUUUCUCCGAUGGCACAUAAUCUUCUCCCCUUUCAUCAGCGUGCUAGGGAUAUUUGGUCUUUUCUUCUUUGUCAGGUUUUUUGAGAGCCACUGGUUUGUGUGGAACACCCAGAUGAACCACAUUCCUAUGGAGGUCGACAAGGACCAUAACCGUGACUGGGUUACUAUGCAACUACAGGCCACAUGCAACGUGGACCAAUCAGCUUUCAACGACUGGUUCAGCGGCCAUCUUAACUUUCAGAUAGAACAUCAUUUAUUCCCGACAAUGCCUCGCCACAACUACCACACAGUGGCGCCGCUAUGUAAAUCCCUCUGUGAAAAACAUGGCCUUAAGUACGAGUCCAAGCCGCUCUUCAAGGCAUAUGCAGACAUCAUAGGAUCACUGAAAAGGUCGGGUAAGCUGUGGUAUGAAGCAUACCAUAUGUAACUUCAGGGAUAGCAGUUUGUUGUGUAGAAGACCUGGAGAGAUCUUCAGUCUGUUGCAUUUGGAGAAUGACUCACAGGGUGUAAAAAACAUAGUAUUGCCCAAACACACAUUCCUUUUGAAAUAUCUAAAUCGAAUUGUCCACAGAACAUAUUAUUAUAUUUUAAGAAAUAGUUUCCUAUUUUCAUUUACAAAGUGUUUUUGUUCACCACCCAUGACAUGAUGUAAUUUAGACUGGGCACAAUAUACCAGUACAUGAAAUAGCACUUACACCAUGCACAAGGAAAAUAUCAUGUUACCAGACCUUUGUUCCAUGUCAUUACCCGUAAGAUAAAUUUGUCGAAUUCUGAUUGGUCUAUAGCCAAAGCAUACGAAAUCAUGUAAGCGGAUUUGCCUGGGUGUACGAAGUGUACACGCUGUCAAUUCUGUCAUAUGACACACUACUCUGGUUCAGUAAAUGACCUUGACCUUAGAUGGAAUGUGGCUGCCAAAAUUCUGAUCUCUUGAAAUUUUAGAGUUGGUGUAUACAAUUAUGAGUAUAAAGAGAGUAAUAAAAUUGUUGUCAUAAUAUGUUAUUUGUUUGUGUCAAUAAAAGUAUAUAUAUUUGUCAUUUAACAAAACCUCAAAUUCGAUAAUUUUUAUCAUAAACUAAGCCAUCAUGAGUUAUCUCCCUUUGUGACCGUUCAGGGAAAAUCAUAGCGGAAUAAAUUCUGUAUUCUGGUCUUACAAUCCUGUAACCCUUUCAAGACACUGUGUAACUAAUAUUAUGUAUAAAAUGGUUGUUGCAUAAAACAAUGGUGAGAAACAACAGUGUUUUAAUUUAAGUAAAUGUAGUGUCAUACAUAUCAAACCCUUCUUACUGUUUUCAUUAACGUAAUCAGAUGUGUUCUCUAAAAGUUGUAGGUAAGAUGUGGUUUUCCCAGAAAAGUUCUUAAAGAGGCCAACUCAAAUGAUGAUUCAAAACCCUUUAUCCAGCCUUAUCUGGAACCAAUAUCACAGGUAAUCAAAGAUCACUAAUGUUUACUAUUUAAUACAUUGAUGGGGAAGAAAUAUGAUUCAGACUAUUUACUGUGACACCAUCGUAGCUGGAAUUGUAAUGGGCAUGUGCAUCGUUGCAAGUUUUGUAUUUUUUUUGUCUGGCAGUGACUAAGUCAGUAUUUAAUUUGCGUACCCUGAAGCUAAAAGGAUGUUAUAAAUAUUUACAAUUUGUGCAGCUGAGAUAUUCUGGAGAAAUUUUCACGUUACUUCUACAGAAAAUGUUUCUUGCAAAAGAUGUUUCAGAUUGAUGUGAUCUGUUGGCCAGGGUGUUUUCAAUGAAUGUUUAGCUGCUAACCACCCACAUAUUAUUUUGCAAUGCUCACGUCAGUAGACUUUUGAUAUUAUCCAUCCAUGAAAAUUGCUAUUUUAGACAUUAUGAUGUUUGAUGGAAAUAUGUACAUGUUUGUUUCCAGUAGAUAUGGCAUAUAAAUAAUAUUUAUAAAUAAUAUUUAUUGUACCAUAGACAAGGCCCAGUUUUCGUUCAGACUAUUGAUUUGGUCAAUAAGGAUAGUCAAAUAACAACUAACAAAUUAUGCUAACAAAUAAUAGUGCAUAUGUACUGAGGGUAGGGUUUGAAAAUUCCAUGAUUAGGCCAGACCAAUUUUAUUUCUUGUUUUACGGAUUUUUGCCCUCAGAAAACCUAAAGGCAGGAGGGAAAAACAUAAAAAAUAAAUAUCACCAAAGUAAUAUUCCUUUUGCAUACUAAAAGUAUUUUAUUUUUGGCAAGUUAUGAAGUGUAUAUGAGGCAAAAAAACAAUCAAAAACACUUUUUUUGUAAGUUUACAUUCUUUGCCAAUAUAAACAUGAGGAUUUUUUUGGGAGCGGGUAAAAUUAAUUUAAAUUUUUUUUCUUAUUCUUGAAAAAAUAAGACCGGCGGAUCUGUAAAACAAGAAAUAAAAUUGGUCUGGCCUUAGACACAAUUUGAAAAUAGUUUGAUAUCAGAUGAUGAGGAUAAGUGUUACACUGUUGUGUAUUUGAACAUAUAAUAUGUUUUUAAUUAUACCGGUGAUUGUUAGUGGAAUAAAGUAUCUUACAGGCUGUUUGAAUUCUUUGCGAUCUGAUAUCUAAAGUGUUGUUUUUGAAAGGCAUUUAGAAGUUGGAUGAACAUGAAUACAUGACAUGUUUUAUGGAUCACAACAUAAGAACAACAAAGAAUAAAAAAGUGUUGAUGUCCGAGAUGCAAGACAUGACAGUCAAUCAA